AUGGAGAAUUCAAAUGACACCACAAUUAUAAACUUCAUUCUUCUAGGACUCUUUAAUCACACACAGAUGCACCUAUUUCUCUUUGCCAUGGUGCUAAUGAUCUUCAUCAUCUCCCUAAUGGGCAAUGCCCUUAUGAUCAUCCUCAUCCACAUGGACCCUCGACUCCACACACCCAUGUACUUCCUGCUUAGCCAGCUUUCCCUCAUGGACAUGAUGUUGGUCUCAACCAUCGUUCCAAAAAUGGCAGUCAACUACCUAAUGGACACUAGGUCUAUCUCUCCUACAGGGUGUGGAGCCCAGAUCUUUCUAUUUCUCACUUUGGGAGGGGGUGAGUGCUUCCUCUUAGCGGCUAUGUCCUAUGAUCGCUAUGUGGCCAUAUGUCAUCCAUUGCGCUACCCCAUACUCAUGAAUCAGAGGCUCUGCUUGCUCAUGACAGCAGGUUCCUGGCUCUUGGGAGGGGCUGAUGGGUUAAUGCAGGCUGGUGCCACUUUAAGCUUCCCUUACUGUCACUCACGGAAAAUCAAUCACUUCUUUUGUGAGGCACCAUCACUGGUGCGGCUUGCCUGUGCUGACACCUCAAUUUUUGAGUUUUUCAUGUACAUCUGCUGCAUUUUGAUGCUCUUGAUCCCUUUGGCUCUCAUUUUGGUCUCCUACAGCCUAAUCCUUGCCGCAGUUCUCCACAUGCAGUCAGUUGCAGCCCAGAAGAAAGCUUUUACAACCUGCUCCUCUCACCUGGCUGUUGUGGGACUAUUUUUUGGUACCCUCAUGUUCAUCUAUAUGAGGCCCAAAUCAUACCGUUCAGUGAACCAUGAUAAGGUGGUCUCAGCUUUCUAUACCAUCUUCACACCUGUCUUGAACCCUGUUAUUUACAGUGUGAGGAAUAAAGAAGUCAAGGAGGCAUUGAAAAGGUGGAUGGAAAAAUAUUUUAUUUGA